CGGGUGCGCUCUGAGACGCGUGCGAUGCUCGGGAGGGUCACCAUGUUUUGAGUGCAAGCAUCGAUCUGUAUCAUGCACGUUCCUGCGGGUACGCAGGAAAAGAGGUCCAAAAGGUCCCAGACCAGGCACCAACAUGAAAAUCGAGGAAUUCCAAAGGAUGUUGAAAGCAAGUGGCGAUCAGCAAUCCCUUCCCACUCCGCCUGAAGAAUCUGCACUGGAGUCCGCAGUCGAACAUCGUAUUUCACCAACACGCCCCUCUGGCAUUCCUAUGCAUAUUUAUCACCGCUUUCUGGAGGUUUACCGUGUUCGCUUAUACUCAGUGUGGCCGGUCGUCUCAUAUGACGAACUUGUCACCGCCUUAAGGAACAAUCGAAGCGACUACGAGUCGUACUCACUUGCUGCAGCUCUGUGCGCAGCUGUCAUUGCUCAACUACGGCUGCCCGAGCAUAUUGGAUCUCUCACUUACUCUUCCUCUGAGUUGGUGGCGGAAGCUCAGAGGCUCAGACGGCUUUUUGAGUAUCAAGAACAGUACUCGAUGUCGUCUCUUCUGACUUCGUUCUUCCUCCAUAUCUAUUUUGCAAAUGCUGACAAACUCCGCACGGCCGGAUUCUAUCUUCGAGAAACCCUAACAUAUGCCCAUGGCCUCAAGUUACAUCAGCUUAACAGUUAUGCUGGCUUAGACUUCCGAGAACGCCAAUUGAGAUUGCGCGUGUACUGGAUCUUGUUUAUUUCCGAAAGAACAUAUUGCGUCCAGAAUGGCCUGCCAACUACAUUGAAGCCGAUCAACGAGUUUCCUAGUGUCGAUCCCAUUAAAGGAUAUGACGGCGCUCCCCUGCCAGCGUUUAUUGCUCUGAUACGAUUAUUCACCUUUCUUGAUGGCGAUAUCCUCGAAUCCAUCCCCUCGUCAAUGACUCCUGCAAUUCCACGCAGUCCGAAGGACAAAAUAUCGGUCCUGCAGCAUGAUCUCAGCCGUCAUCCACUUACCGAAGAUCUGGACGAGUCACAGAGGGUGGACAUAUUAGCCACCCGGAAUUGGAUCCGUAUAAUGUUGUGGCAGUACACAAUAGCCCACUUUGUGGUAUCAUGUCAUGCCCAGGAUCAGGCCUUCUCAGCACUACUCCCAACGACGAUUGCGCGCGAUAUGCUCUCCGUGCUUGAGAGCGCGUCUUGGAAAUCAAUUCAGCCUCAUGGAUAUGGCAUGGAACUAAAAGUAUUCCGCAUCGCAGACUCUUUGUUGGACGUCCUCCUCUGCGCACCUCGAUCCACUGGGACGCGAGACCUGCUGAUGGACUCAAGGCAGGCACUCCAUCUUCUAGAGAGAGUGCUUGUUGACAUUGGAGGGACUGAGUCGCAAUUCUUGGCUACGUUGCGGAAAAGGAUGGUCGAGUCAGAUCUCCCCGUUCCAAACACAGUGCAGAAUGACCAGCAAAUUUCAUGGUAUUUCAAAGCCGACGAGGAGAAGAAGUCUCCGAACGGAUCGGUUACUGUGCACAAUGAAUAGUCGCUUAUUUGAGGUGGGAGCUAUCACAAUGUGCGACCACGACGCAGAGAAGGCAAAUUCACUUAUCGGCAAAGAGGUCAAAGGAAGUCCAACGUAUUCCGCAUCGGAUCGGAUCAGCACUACUACUACUCCACGCCUUCUCCAAGUCAUGGCUGAGUGCUGACUCGUGAAUCAUGUCAACUCCAGUGCCAUCAUUUUCACCAACGUGGCCAGGUUAUCCGAGCCCAUCAGGCCCCGCAUGGAACGAUUGCGGACAGGACUCCAUAUCAUGCAUGCAUGAUAAGCUGGUGUGUUUAACCAAGUUGGACUCACGGCUCUCGCUUGGGAUGUUGUUUGGGAGAAUCUCAUCGAGACCGCUUUCCAGAUCCCCUUCUUUGGCUGGCAUCUUGAUGGAUAAUGCCCAGUAGUGGGCGGUCGUCCCGAAAGUAAUACUAUUUUCGACGCAAACGUUGAGAAGGAG